CUGUAUUCCGAAAGAAAGAAAACAAACAUGGCGACCUGUGAGUUGGCAGACAUCAUAUGAUAUUAUAAAUUUGUUUUUUUAUUUUAUUCAUGCAGUAUUAUCUGGGUGUUUUCUCAAAAUAUACACAGGUCCAGCACAAUCUCUAACCGGACCAACUGAAUUUAUGUGUUUCAGUGAUGACCAGCGAUACAAACAUCUGACAAAUGAAGAGCAAUUUUAAUCAUCAUGUUUAAGAUAGAAUCCUACAUAACGCCACUUUUGAUGGGAUAUGUUGACAAGUAUGUGAAAUUACGACAUGAGGAUUUCCAGCUGUCACUAUGGGGAGGCGAUGUAGUCCUGAACAAUCUUGACCUGAGAUUGGAUGUCAUCGAAAAAGCCAUCCAGCUCCCAAUCAUCUUCAAAAGUGGACACAUCCAUGAACUUAGAAUACAUGUACCAUGGACAAAAUUAGGCUCAGAGCCAGUGGUUAUAACAAUUAACACAAUAGAAUGUAUUCUUAAACUAAGAGAAACAGCUUAUGGUGAUACUGCCAGUUCUGCGACACCAGAAUUAAAGAAGUCAAGGUCGUUUCAGGCAAAACAGAGGCAGAGAAGACAACAGGGAGGGGAGGAGCUGCCUCCAGGCUACUUACAAAGCAUCAUCAACAAGAUUUCUAACAAUGUCAGUGUAGUUAUCAACAACUUAAUCGUAAAGUUUGUAGAGGAUGACAUAGUUCUGUCCGUCAAUGUGAAGUCUCUAGAAUGUUUCAGUGUGAAUGAACUGUGGAAUCAAGCAUUCAUUGAUUUGACUCCCCCAGAGCUUGCUCUCAGGAAGUCUAUCAACCUCUCGGACCUUACCAUAUGUCUUGACAAGUGUGACAGUAGCGGCAAGAUUGAGAACUAUCAGGACCCUCUGGUAUACAGAUGUUCUGUUACCGGCAGAGUCUAUCUCAAAUACGACUCAAUCAAUGCCAAGUUUCCCAGUAUUACAAAGUUUGAUUUAUUCUGCGAGACUCUGGAUGUCUCUCUGACUGAUACUCAGCUGCCACUGUUUUUUCGAUUGAUCGAGUUAUGUCUGGCAUUGUAUUAUGGUACUCUGGAGUUUCCUAGUUCAGAGAAGGAGCAGGAGUCCGGUGUGAAGAGUGAUGAUGGGAGUGAGGAAGGAAAAGUAGAAGAUGAUGAGGACAAGCAGUUACAGGAUCAAGAAAAUCAACAGAGCUGGUCCUCCUGGGCCUGGUCCUACGUCCCCCAAAUCAUUCCCGCGGGAGAGGAGGAAUUACAGGAGGAGGAGAGAUCACCAAAGAAGAAACCCCCGCCCGCCGUGCUGGCAGUCGGGAUGUACGCUCACAAUGCUUCGCUGACAUUCAAGCUGACUGAAAAAAUGAGAGAAAAGGUACAUUACGGUCCUGAGAAGAUUGCCUUCAGACCCUUCAUGUUUCUGAAGGCUGAAGGAAUAGGACUGGACAUCAUAAUGAAGGGGCUGACCUUCUUCAAUGUGCAGUUUGGAAUCAGCAACAUCAGUUUGGAGACAAGGGGAAACUGUAUCUGUGGGGCGGAUGAUGGAGAAGAUCAAAGGAGCAAUGUGAUUGUGAAAGGAGGAAGUGAGCUCUCCGACAAGCUUGUCAACUACUACAGUAGGUCGUUGUUUGACCUUGGUUGCCCUGUCAACCAAGGGCAGGUGUUGACCUGGACCUUUGAUGGUCCAGAACAUUUACAGACAUAUACAGAGCAGGCUGGGGUGGAUAAGUUCGGGGUGUUUUAUGUGGACUAUCUGUAUGUGAUGCAGCCAUAUGAGGACUCGUCUCAAAUGAUAGGUAGCACAUCCUCGUUAUCAGAGGGAGAAGAGCAUGUGUUUCUCAGGGAGACGUCUUUGAUGAGGUACAUUGUGGGGAGUUGUCAAUUUAACGUUUCAUCCUCAGCUGUCCACAGAAUUCAAAGGUUUAUACAAGCAGCUCAGAACCACAGCUACGAGCCUUACACCAAAACUAAACAAGAGGUGGUGGAUGACCAGCGGUCAGCACCUUCAGAGGCCCAGGUGUUGUCCAUGGAGAAUUUCAUGCCAACUCGAACACAACAACUCACCAUUCUACAACCACAUAUCUCUGUUUACUUUGCUCAACAUGAAAACUGUGAUAUUUCAAAGAAAUCCUACAAAACCAUUCAGAAAUCUUCGAAGGUUUCUAAAGAGGAAUCAAAUUCCACAAAGUCCUCGUCUGUGAUAUUACCAACGGUUGCUAUGACAGCAGUCAGAUUUGAAUUUCAAGUGACAAAUCCCAUGUAUCCAAGAAAACUGAUUAAGUUUGUUAGCAAGAUGGUCGGCCCCUCCAGCAAUCUCUUACAUCACUGCCACUCCCACACACAUUUCAAGUUGUUUGGAGCUGCCAUUGGUGUGCAGACACUCUCAGAAGACUUGUCAAGGUCACAUGUCCUUUCUGUAGUGCCGGAGUUUAGUGGCGCCAUCUACACCAGGCGUUUGCUGCUUUCUAUGUAUUGGAACAGUAAAACGCAGCCGAAGGUUGAGCAGAUAUACGAGAUUCCGCAGGGGACUGUGAACUUGACCAAGGCCAGCUUACUUCUGCUGACACAGAUUGUAUCGUCAUGGCAACAGAAGAUACCAAAAUCAGUACUUCUGACAGAUACCAGUCUGAUGGAGGAUAAUUUUGUGGAAGAUGCUGUCAAAAUACCUGUGCUAGAACUGACUAUGUCAGGACUGGAAAUGAAGAAAUCUAAACUGGUGAAUACCCAAGCCUGUACUGGUUCCCUGUCCUCUGCCAUGGCAACAUUAUACUUGGGGAGGGACUCGUCACCUAUCCCGGUGUUCAUGGCUCCGGCAGAUACCAGUAAGAUUGCCACGGAGGAGUUCUUCAUGCAUCAGACCACGUACACAGAGGAAUCUAAAGACUUCAUCACAUUCAUUUAUCAGCUGCCCAAAGACCAGUCACUUGCAGAAGUUCCUACUGUGGCCUUGCUGAACAUGGAGGGGUUUGUGUGUCAUGUCACUCCAGCAUUAAAUGAAUGGUUUAACUACACCCCCACACUAAAGAAGAAAUCCACAAAGAAGGAGAGCCAAGUCAGCCUUGACCUGGCCCUGGCUGAGGCCACUUCACCAUUGCAGAGACAGGUGUCAAAAGCUUCCAGUGCUGGAUCAACAACUCACAAAACUGAAUCUGUCACUAAGAACACUAGUCAAGUAGAAACGAAGACAAUUACCCAUAGUGCUUCACAGAAAGCCCUGACCAAUCAGAAAUCAGAAAGCGACAAAUCCGACAGAUCUGAAGAUGUUUUCGGGAAAUGGUUGUCUGGAAUUUUUCCAUACGUCAGAUCACUCUACCUACAGGUGGAUGUGAAGUGUUGUUGUCUGUUCCUGAACGUCUCCAGUUAUACUGUGUCUGAGCCCAGCUCCUUCAUCCCCCUCAACAUCAGGGCAGCCAUUGCUGAGAACCCAAGUGCAGAGACACUGGUUCUCUGUCUCCCCAACCUCAAGCUGUACAGCUCUGGGGGUAGGUCCCUAUCUCGGGAAAUGGACAUCCCAAUCACUAAUCUGGAGGGACCAAUAAAAGGGGAGAGAUUACCAUGGCAGAUGAGUUUGGAUGACUUCAGUGUUUACUCACUCCAUGGAUCAGAUAUUCAUUCUGUGGUCAAGCCAGCAUCGGUCAGCUGUACUGUUGCGGUCACCUCUAAGUACGAUCCAUCAUCUUCUGACAAUAUCACGGCUCUUGGACUCUGUUUACACACAGACAUGAGAGCGGUGACCGUGUCUUGUUCAAAACCUCAGGUUAAGCUAUGUGCACGGCUGGCAGUGAGCUUGCUAGACAUGGCUACAGAAGUCAGAUCUCUGAUGAAGGACCUGCUUCCCAAAUCUGUAGAGAAAACCAAAAAGGUUGACACCCCAGAGAAACCAGCGGAGACAGAACCUGCGAGCAAUAGGUCUAUUGUGGAAGAUGUACUUUUAACUGAGACCGACACGUCCGGUGACAAUAAAUCAAGGGGAACAACUCCGAGUCAGGACUUGGAGUUUAAUGGGUACAACAAAGACCGCGUCAGACUGUCGCUGUGGCUGCAGUGGACCCUGCCAAAACUCGAGCUUCGCUUCUACAAACUCGAUAAAAUCACAAGUCAAGAAAACAGAGUUGCUGUACUGAUAGAGGAUAUUGCAUUGUCUGUUGAUGUUCAGGAAAUAUAUGCCAAGGUCAAGGUUACAUGUAACUCGGCCAAUGUACACCACUUUGACAGAAAAUUGCCUAAGAGUAAGAAUGAACUGUCUCACUGGGAAGAGGGACCAUUCCUGGGAAUCCUGAUGAGUUGUAGAAAAGAGAUUUCAGGCGAUAUUCAGAUUUUAUCCCAUAAAAGUGGCUUCCAUUCCCAGCAUUCCGUGCCUCAUAAACCUGGGGAUGUAACGCAUGGCUUUCUUAACUUCACUUUUACGCGUGCCUUGUGUAAGAACGUUGCCAAGAAGAUGAGAAAACUGAAUGCUGACCUGGCGGUGUUCGAGGAAUUUGAGAACGACGUUGUUAGCUAUGAUCUCUACUUUCACAAGUACAUUUCUGAGAUGUGUCUAAACACAGAGCCCUGUGAUUUUAUUCUGUACAUUCCAGCAGUUCAUACUGUCCUAGACAGCUUUGAAUCUCUUAUAUUCCCCAAAAAAUCUUCCUCAGUACCAAAACCGGUACAGACACCAGCAUUGCCAGCUCAGGAAAGUGACAGACUUCCAUUACUGACCUCCAGUUCCCUCCCCUUGUUGUAUGUUACCAUCAGCAAUUUACGGGUCUUCAUUCCAAAGACACAUUCCGAGAACCAGGAAGGUCAUGACCUUGCCCUAAUCAUUCUAUCAGAAAUAGCAGUGAAUCCACAAGUGGACAACCCACUGCCCAGGUAUGCACUUGAACGGGAGAUUUACCACAAGGCCAUGCAGUUGAACCUGACACAGCAGCCGGGGUCGGCCAUUGAGAAUCGACAGUACCAGAUUGACAUCCAGGGUCUCUCAGUUUGUACAGGGAAAUGGGGAGAUUUUCUUCAGCAAACACAUUCAGAGAGGCAGAAAGACUUGGUAAAGCCGAAGAUUCAGAUUCCUGCUCUAGAAUGGAACACUGUUUUAAAACCUUUCAGUCAUGAACGUGAACCAAUAAAAUUGGUGCCCAUGCUGUGUAGACUGGACAUGAAGAUUGUAGCAGCUCCAGCCAUUGUGUAUAUAUCUCAGAGAAAGGAAGUACAGCCUGUACCGAAGAUUUUGGUGUGUGGACAUUCCAUCGAGAUCAAUGUUGCCAACAAGCUUGACAUCUAUGCAGGGACUAGUCAAAUAAAGCUCCUAGAGCACCUGGCUCAGACUGCUGCAUCCAGCUUUUCGGGAAAACGGACCAAACGAGAAAAACACUCCAGACAAAGUCCGACCGGAGCCCCAGUAAAAUCUGAGGCAUCUUUAGACAGCGGACUUGGCAGCGACAUAUCUUCAGUGAGAUCGCCAGGGAGAGUGAGAUCUGAAACUGUAACAGGGAUUGGUCAGGGAUCAGGAGCCAAAUCUUACACACCUUUUGACCUGUUACUCACUGCGAAUGUGGUGUCUUGUUCACUGUACAGAAAUCAGGAGACAGAAUCGGGGGUCAUUCUGGAGGAGGACGUGGUCAUUGUAGACAAAGCUGAUGUGGCUGACAUGGGAACAGACAACAGGGAGAAUGUGAGAGAGAAGAAAGAAGAGGGUGGGGGAGAUUCUUAUAAAGAGGUCUCUGUCAUACCGUUCUUACAUUUGUAUCUAUGGCAACCUCAUACAGUGCUUUCCUGUCACCAUGACACCCAGAAGUUUGAAAUUUCAUGCUAUGAUGUUUCCUUAAAAGGGCCCCAUAGAGAUUCUUGUCCUACAGAUUUAUCAAAGCAAUUACCGGACUGGUCAACCUAUGGUGUGAAUUGGCUUGAGACCAGACCGGGAGAGCCGAAUCCCAAGACAGGCAUUCCCCCCAGUCUGUGUACGCUGUCUGUCACAGAUUUCAUCAUCCAGCGAGCAAAGAUUGGUGUGAGGGUGGAGAGACCUGUGAAAGUAAACUUAAGUCUGGACAAAGUGGAACAAAUUCAGAAUUUUCUUGGUGACAUCCUGGAGUCACAACCUAGUGAUCAAAGUGCCACAAAGCCCAUGACAGAGUCUUUAUCAAGGGAGGCAACUGCAGCAAGUGCCACAACCAACGCAAUACAGACAGUUUUGUCGAAGAUUGGAAGUGUGGAUGUUGUUUGCAAUCAAAUUGUUGUAGCCAUGGAAACAGAAUUUCAGGAUGAGCAUGCUCAGUUGACUAGCAGUAUGGAGGAGAUUCAGUUGGAGGUCAACCUGAUUCAUAAUCAACAAAACACAGACAAAACAGAAGGCCUGACUGCAGACCUUUUUUUCUGGGAUUUGACGGUCAGUACAGGAUACAGGAACAAGUCCCGCCCAUUUGUUGGCCCGGUCAGUCUAGCUGCGGACACUGUGGUCAGGUUCUAUGAAGACGACUGUAUAACUCCACUGACCAUUCCGAGAGUGGUCACUUCAGUUACUGUCGAACAUAUUCUCCUCUCUUUUGGACAGGAGCAUGUCAUGUGUGUACAUGUGAUUGAGAAAAGCCUCAAGAAUUUUAGAAAACAGUUCAGGAAAGUCAACAAGAAACAUACCAAAUCACCGUCAGAGCAGGAGGAGGAGAGGAUGGAAGAGCCAGUGUUAGGUGUGGAGGAAUCCUCCAGGGACGAUCUGAGAACAGGAAAAUUUGAAUAUGUCAUGGACUCCGAUGGCGGGGUGAUGUUCCCCGCGGUGGGACAGAUUGUGUUCUGUAAUGAGGACCAGCGUGACGAGGGCAGUAUGACCUGGAGUUACAGUCAGCCUAGAGUUGUCUCCCACAUGUCCUUUACUCCGAUACCAUUCAACCUUCCUCAGAACUUUUCCAGUAAAGCUGAGGAGAAACAGAUACUGGUGCCCUGUGCUUUACAGUAUUAUGACCUGGUCACCAGGCAGUAUGUGACCUACAUAGAGUUUGAUUUGUCAGAGAAUUUAGAGACGGUGUUGGAGCUUCCAGAGGUCAAAGGUCAUCUUGUGGGGGAUCUAGUUGUGGCUAAGAUGUGGAGGGUGCUGGUUAAAUACAAUCAGAUCUACUGUCCGGGACAUGAGCUGAGUGAUGAGGACCUCCCCAACCGAUGUUCUGUCCUCCUGCCGACCUCCCUCGCUGCUGCCGUGAAGAUUGACUCGUGUUACCUUCCCUGUCUGAUCCCGGUACUUCAAGGUCACAUCAAUGUCAGCCUGGUCAGGAUACACUUGUAUAAUCACUUCAGGUGUCUCGGUAAAGGCGUCCCUAGCAAGUUACGACCCUUUGCAUUUGAUGGCAAUCUUCCGGAGGACCAGAUGUUUGCAGCCCUGUACCUCAGGAACUCCACCCUGCAGAUCAGGCACAUGGUGGGAGACUUCUGCAGGACUAGCAUCCAGAUAAGUGGGUCCCCGAACGUACAGGUAACGGACUAUGGCAAUCUCACUGAGCACGACGCUCUCAAACCAUUUGUAUUCUACGGGGAUAUUUGCUUACGUCCUGGAAUUAAGAAGAUGCAACAGCUGGACUGUAAUCUGACUGUAGAUCCAGUGUUUAUCAGGUUUGGUAAAGGAGUGAUACACACUCUGAACUGUUCAAUGCAGGCGUGGUCCCAGAUGUAUGGUGUUACCAAGGAGACAGAUCAAGUGAUACUGAAUCACUACAUUAUUUGUAAUGACACAUCUCAGCCAAUCAGAUUUGGUCAGGUUGGAACCGAUGAGAACAUUUGCUUGGGAUCCAGGGAGAUGCACUGCUAUAGCUGGAGAAGUCAAAAGGCCAGGCAGGAGCUCCAUCUUUGUGUGGAUGGUAAAGUAUGGAAGUGGUCCGAGCCCUUUGAUAUUAAUGCUGUGGGCAGUAUAGUGCGGGUCAUGAAGUCGUUUAAUCAGCAGCAGUCACUUAUCAUCACAGUCAAACAGAUAUCUAAUGUCCAAAAACAGGUGACAAUCCAUGGUCAGCUGAUGAUCACCAGUCGGAUGUCGGUGCCUUUAAAUGUUCGGAUCUUCUACUCCACGUCACAAGCCGAGAUGAACCAGACAACAGUCAUGCUUCACCAGACAGACACUGGCCCCUCCCACAUACUGGAACCAGAGCACAUCAAGUACAUUAAAAUACGUGCUCACCGAGGUCCAGUGGAUGAUUACGAUUGGUCAAGCGAAGUUUAUGUGUCCGCUGGGAAACUGACAGACAACAGGACAAUCCAGAUAACGAUGCCGGAUAACAGCAAGAUACACAUCUGGUGCCACGUGAUCUGUCAGCAUGUCAGGAGCUCAUCUCGCCUCACAGUAUUGUUGUGUCCACUGUAUGUGAUUCGAUCCCAGUUACCACGGCAACUGAUUGUUCACAUGGAGACCCCCAGUCUGAAACAAUCACGAGAGGUCAUCGUUCCUGGUAAAGGGAGAGAACUUCAGCUGGAAUGUCUGGGAGCUGCCCACAGCCAUAACCUCACUUUCCAGCUCAGUCAAGAGUUGGAGAAGUCUAGUUCUGCAGUGACCUUGACCACAGGCUUGAUCAAUAAAGUCACAAGGUCAUCACCGUCACCUAUAGAUGUGGAGAGCUUGACUCAGACUUGGAAGAAGGAAAGUGGAAACCAGUGGCCGUACUGCUCUUCAGACAACGCAAAAGAAAUCCCAGGGAAUUUCUACAUUCCACCAGAUGCUCCCCCAGUAUCCAGCCCCCAAUCAUCAGUGGGAACAGACCCCGGGGACUUUGACAUGAUAGUGUCCCAGCCCAGCCUGGACCUUCACCUUAAUCUGUCAGAGUACUGGCCAGGUUGUGGUACCCUGAUGAUUGACGUGUUGCCGUGGUGCCUUAUGACAAAUCAAACUGACCUUGACCUUCUGAUAGUAGAACCAAACGGCACAUCAUGGCAACUUCCUUCCAAGAAAACAUUUACACCUCCAAAAUUCAAGACUGAAUUUAGCAUCGGUAUGGUCUUUGGAGGAUUCCCAUUUUACACUACCCCUAUUCCUCUCUCCAACGAGGAAGUAGAGCUACAGUUAUAUAAUCCAGACAAAGGAAGAGUACUCUUCAUAGAUGGAUAUUUACAAACCAGAAUCCUAGUCAAACACCAGCAGAGAAACCAGAUUUGCUUCUUAACCCUGCAAUCAUCUGUAAAAAGUAACAUGAGGGUUAUAGUGAUAACAGAGACCUUCAACCUUUGUAACCUGACCUCUGACCCUAUUGCUGUGUCACUGAAUGCCGUUCCAGUCAGCAACAGUAAGGUUGAUUUGGUACCCAGUGUGACAUCAAAGAUACCAAGUCAUAUGAGAUGUAAAAAGGAGCAAACAGACUUCUCCUCACUGUUAAUGUGGAACGUAGGAGAAAAUGCGGACUCUAAACAAGAAACAUUCUCCUAUUACAUCUCUCUCAGAACCGACAAAUCAGAUGAGGGCUCUCAUCAUCCUCAGGCAGACAGUAAGAAAAAUUCUGAUUGGUCCCAUCCAGUUAGAUUGACAGCAACAGAGAGGGGGACAAAGCUGACUGUAGCUGUCCCUGUGUGUGCUGGGGACCUCCACACCAGACCAUUGUGUAUCUCGGGGUUCUUUAGACAGGGGCUCCAUUACUUCGUUGUGAGGGAGCAUGAAUCUCCUUCUUGUCUAAUACACAAUAAAACACAGGUCCCACUCUGUUACGGCCAUCAGAAUCCAGCUCUAAUCACUGCAGGCAUUGUUGUUCAGGAACAAACAGAGUUACUGAGUUCACUGCCAACAGUCCCUCCACAUAAUGAUGUGUUCUACACUCCAUUAUUGAUGAACCAGAGAUUCUCAGAAUCUGUAGGAGGUGUUCAGUAUCCAAGACUACAUUUUGGAGUACUGAAAAAUCUGGUCAACCAGUCCGACAAUGCUAAGGAGGUGGUCUGGAGUAGUGCUAUUGAUGUCAAUACAGACAUGGAAUCAUUUGUGUCCAUUCCAGGAUGUAUGGAUAUCAAGGUCAAGGUCAAAAGUGUUGCCAUGAUAACACACAUCACUGUGAAAGCAAUCAGUAAGGCAGAGGUUUCGGCCAAAGAGAUUAGAAGUCGAAUCGAAAAUGAGAAAAGUGAAACAUCAACUGAAAGCACCCCCUCUAACCAGGAGGAUGAGUCUAUCAUUAGGGAUCUGGAAAGUGCAGCCGCAUCUUCGAUAUCUCAUCAGAAGGAAAAUUCGAGGGACAGAUCUGUAGAAAAGAAAAUGGAUCUAAUCUUAGGACUUCACUGUCAUCAUGUAUGUGUGGUACUGCAGGACGAGACCAGCUCCACAGAAGAGAUAUCAGAGGUCCUUCAGGUCUCCAUAGAUCAUUUGUUCCUGGCACACCUUCCCUCAUCUAGGUCAAGGUCAGACAAAACUUUUAAUGACCAGGAUCAACAUCGAUGUUUGUCUCUGUGUCUGGGAAGCUUGCAAGUUGACAAUCAACUUUACCUCACUAAAGGACUGUACGACUUUCCUGUUAUUUUCAUGGGACAAACUACUCCAGAGUUUCCCGAUGUGGUUGGUAUGAAUGUGAUGGAGAAGUUAGCGGUUCUGAAGUCGGUCAGUUUGUGUCAUGUACAGGGGGUGAUAGAACACAAUUGUCUUGGACACAGCCUGGUGAAGGCCUUAGAGGUCAGUGUCUCCCCCAUCACAGUGAACAUCGAUGACAAAUUUGUGUACAGGAUUCUGAAAGAAUUUGAUAUCCUUCUUCCCACCAGCCUUUCAUAUCCUAACCUGCCCAAUCAAACUUUCAAGAGACUACCCAAGUCUUUCAAAUCAGCCUCUCUUGUGAUGAGCUGCCCUGUUAAAAUGGAACACCUGAGUGUGAGAUCCAUAUCAUUGCUGCUGAGUGUCCAUGCUUCUCUCAAGCUUUUUAUUGCUUCAGACAGAACGCCAUUAGCUUUUGGAAAGUUUGAGAAAGACAAAGUUGUGACUACCUCUUAUCAUCUCAUCAAAGCCCUAGCAAUGCACUACGCCUCAGGUGCCCUCUUCAGAGCUGGCAUUGUGGUAGGCUCACUGGAGAUUCUAGGAAACCCCACAGGUCUGAUUCGUAGCAUAGGAACCGGGGUGGCAGACCUAGUCAAGAAGCCGUACGAUGGUCUGACGCGAGGCCCAGGGGCUUUUGUUGGGGGAGUGUCCAGCGGAAUGUCGUCCUUUGUCAGAAAUAUAUCAGCAGGUAUGCUGACUUCCGUGACUAACUUCGCCUCCAGUGUAUCCAGGAAUAUGGAUCGUCUGUCCCUCGACGAAUCCCACAUGGAGCGGCAGGAAGAGCGACGUCGUCAGCAGCCGGAAGGGAUUUCAAGUGGACUCCGUCAGGGACUCACAGGAUUCGGCAUAAGUCUGCUCGGGGCAGUAGCGGGUUUGGCUGAUCAACCAAUACAGAACAUUAUCCAAUCAGAGAACGGCAGUGAACGAGCAGCGAGAUCAUCCCCAGCCUCGGGUAUUGUCAAAGGCGUUGGCAAGGGAAUUCUGGGAGUCUUCACCAAACCAAUAGGUGGUGCUGCAGAACUGGUGUCACAAACAGGACAAGGACUGCUGCAGGGAACCGGUCUGGCAGAUAACAUUCCUCUCCAGAGAUAUAAUGCUGAUGUCAUUGUUACCUCACUAACAAACAACAGUGAAUCAAAAUACAUCAUCAAAUUCCUGAACUCCCUGCCUAAUGCACAGCUCUGGUCAAUGGUGGAGGCAGACUUUAUUGAUAUCACAGAUUCUGAGGUCAAAGUUCACCUUUUAUUGACAAGUGAUCUGUUAAUCGUAAUAAAUUUAGAGGACGAUUCUCAGCAACAAGCCUUUUCAUUGGCUGAAAUAGAGAUCUGUAACAAGACGACCAGUCACCAAGUCCUCACCAUUCUGUGGAAGGAUUCCAUGCAAUCUCGCACAUCAGAUCAGCCUGUCAGUGGCAGCAAGGACCGAGUAGAGGCCUUUAUAGAUGGCGCCAGCGGAUAUGUGCAAGUGUCUCCCCCGGAUACGCCCCCAGUGGACGAUAGCCAAUCAGAUUCUUCCCUCUCCCCAAUGGGCAGGAAGGCAGACUCUCCAAAAUACAACUUUGUGAUACACCCAGAAAUCAAAAAUGCUUUUGUAGCUCAGUUUAAUUUGUUAAAGCGAAGGGCAGUGCAGCGGGGCUUUCAUGCUUCAUAGAGGAGAAAUGUGCAUUACGUACCGAUGAUGGACGGAUUUUAGUGGUUAGUCCUCGGAUUUAACUUGUGUUGAUGGACUUAAUAUCAGUAUAUGGCUAUUUUUAACAAUAUUUAUUUUAUUGUUAUUGUUGUAAAAAAAAAAUUUUUUUUAUACUUUCACAUGUUUAAAAGAAUUGUUAGAGACACAAAAUAGUUACGAUUGACAUGUUUAUAUAUAUGUAAGACUCCCAAAGUGCGAUGGGACUCCAAAGUGCGAUGGUCACGCCAAACCCCGAUGGUGUGACACGCCAAAGUUCGAUGGUCCACACUCAUGCGCCAAAGUGCGAUGGUCUGACACGCCGAAAUCCAUUGGUUUGUUAACGACACGGUGUUUUGAUACGUACUAAACCAACCGUGUGUUGUUUCACUAAAAUAUCAGUGCAAAGUCCAUGCAUAAAAAAUAAGUUCAACUUAUUUCAUUUCCAUCUAGUUGUCGUGUUAUUAAACACAAAAUUUUCCAACGCGAAAUCGUAUAGAAUGGUUUGCAAUAUAGCAUAUCCCCAGGAUUUUAUUACGUGUACGUCACAAGUAAUAAAUGAUCAUGAAUUAAAUAAUGUUUGGGCGAAGUAGAUAGUUCGACAACAAAUGUACUUUGCCGUUCUCACUAUCCUCAACCAUUUAUACCUUGCCGUUGAUGUCGUCCGUGUUGCAUUUCUUCGGUUUCAUUUUGAAAGACGUUAAGAAUGACGUCACAAACGUUACUGAACUCUGCACCAUCGGACUUUGGCGUGACCAUCGCACUUUGGGGUCCGUAACGUUAACAAACCAUCGUACUUUGGUGCAGACCAUCGCACUUUGGCAUGACCAUCGCACUUUGGAGCGACCAUUGCACUUUAGAGUCUUACAUAUAUAUAUAUAUACAUAUCUGUGUGUAAGUCAUGGUGAGGAUCUGGUCAUGGAAUGGUAAUUUUAAGACUAUAGGCAUAUACAUGUGUAGAUCUAAAUUGUAUUAGUAUUUUGGGGGCAUUCUUGUUAAUGUUUCAUCAUAAGGAGGACUUCUGAGGGGAAAGCCACCAAAAAAGUGGGGGGGGGGGAUUUGACAGGUCUUUUUAAGUGGUACAAAUAUUAUAGUCACAAGACUAUACCUUGCCAACUUGAAUACAAGAAUCUAAUCUGAGUUCCAAGUUCCCAUCAAAGGACCUCCUUACUUUGAUUUAGUAAAGCACCAAAGUUUGAAUUAUGCAAUUUACAAUGCCCCAAGAUGUUCCUCAAUAGCUUAACUUUGAGGUUUGGUAUUCUAUUUUACUGAAAAGUUUGUUAACAUUCAGAGCUAUGCCAUCUUUUGAAAUUGCAUUUGUCUGUUUUUGUUCAAUCUCUAUUGAUAUUCAUUGAAUGACCGGUUUUUAAAGCCUUUGUUUAUACUGAGCACAAGGUUGUCCAGAUUUCUCUUUUAUAUUACAAUUCGUUUUUGUAAUAAAGAAAAUCAUUCAAAAGGCAAGAGUGGACAAUCUUGUGCUGGUGACAAAAUUCAUAAAAAUAAAUACAAUAAAAAUCUGCAAAAACUAUUAUUUUCUUUCUACUUCUUUUACCUGUAUUGACCUCGGGUAGUAAUUUUGUAGUUUUCAGACUAAGGGUAACCAUUUUUAACUCAAGUUUUCUACCCUUAUCUUCCAAUAUCACAGGGGAAUGACUGUGCACUUACUGGAGACAUAUCAGUGUUUAAUAUUUACCAAAACUUAUAAUAGAUAAAUCAUUUUUAUUUCCUUGAAAAGAGGGGUGGUUAAAAGGGACCACAAGCUACAGCUAAAGUGGGAAGGUCCUUUGAUCUCGGGAAUCUUACCAUUCCGGAGGUUCAUCAACACUCCUCUCUCACAACAAUUUCCUGUGGCUUAUCAGCUAUUGUGUUUAUGUGUUGCCCAGCCUGUUAAUAAUCUCGUCGCUAAUUGCAUAUAAUAAUAGUGAUGAGUAAAAGUUGGCCGACAUUAAAUAUAUGCAUUGUACAUGUAUUUAAUUCACGAAACCAUUUUUUUUUUAAACAUACUUUCGUUUAUGAUUUACAGAUAUAUUUAGACCUAUGAUAUAUUUAGCAUUUCUUCUGUGUUCUUGCCUGUUGUUUAUAAGUGGAUGAAAUAUGAUUUAUAUGACUAAGUUAUCAUAGAGAGGGUUCUUGUUUUGUUUAUUUGAUAUGUUAAAUUAUUCAGGCAAUAUGUUGUCUGUGUUGGGUUUCUUUGUUUUUGUUUUUAAUGUGAUAUUGUAUUAAAUUAUGCCACUAUUUUUGUAUAGUACAUGCACCAUUUUACAGAUGCAUUUUUAAGGGGCACACGAUAUUCAGAAAACAUUCCCCAGUGAUAGCAUACUUUUAUUAUGUCGGAAAUAAGUGACUAUCGAAAGUUUAGCAAUUUCUGAAGCAAAUCGAAAAUUAUCAGCAAAAAACCCCCCACCAGAUAACAUGAUAUCUAAAUAUCACUUGAAACCAAAGCUGUUGGUAUGAAGCAUAAAUAUUAUAGAUUUAUUUUAGAUGAUGCAGUCCAUCAAGAUUUAAGGAAAAUGUUUUAUGUUUUGCCAACAAAAACAAAACUAUGAACAUUCUAAUAAAAGCAGGUGUACAAGUAUUCAAAUCUUUCCAAUUAUCGCACACUUCAUUGUUACCGACAUGCCUUGUUACUGCAGACACAUACUUCAUCAUCACCAAGACACAAUUACAGCAUACAAGACACAAUUACAGCAUACUACACACAUACCAAGACACAAUUACAGCAUACAAGACACAAUUACAGCAUACUACACACACAUACCAAGACACAAUUACAGCAUACUACACACACAUACCAAGACACAAUUACAGCAUACUACACACACAUACCAAGACACAAUUACAGCAUACAACACACACAUACCAAGACACAAUUACAGCAUACUACACACACAUACCAAGACACAAUUACAGCAUACUACACACACAUACCAAGACACAAUUACAGCAUACUACACACACAUACCAAGACACAAUUACAGCAUACUACACACACAUACCAACACAAUUACAGCAUACUACACACACAUACCAAGACACAAUUACAGCAUACUACACACACAUACCAAGACAAUUACAGCAUACUACACACACAUACCAAGACACAAUUACAGCAUACUACACACACAUACCAAGACACAAUUACAGCAUACAAGACACACAUACCAAGACACAAUUACAGCAUACAAGACACACAUACCAAGACACAAUUACAGCAUACUACACACACAUACCAAGACACAUUUACAGCAUACUACACACAUACCAAGACACAAUUACAGCAUACUACACACACAUACCAAGACACAAUUACAGCAUACAAGACACAAUUACAGCAUACAAGACACAAUUACAGCAUACAAGACACAAUUACAGCAUACUACACACACAUACCAAGACACAAUUACAGCAUACUACACACACAUACCAAGACACAAUUACAGCAUACUACACACACAUAACUAUGUACAUGUGAAUUAAAUGUACUAUCACAAAAAUCACUCCACAACCCCCAUUAAAAAAAUUUAUUUUCUAGUGUAACUUGUAAGACAGAUACUGCCAAUUUUUAGCUUGCCGGAACGAACGUCUGGAGAUCUUAUUGUUAUAAUCCCUGUGUCAGCCUUUAAGGGAAAAACUUGUACAUUGGCCAUAUCUUUUUAUUCAAGGAUGGUAGGACAUAUAGAUUUCAUUUCAUUCCCAAGACUCUUGACCUACUUUUCUAAAAUUAUAACAUAUGCUAUAUCUUUUAAGCCAAGGAGGAUAUGGCUUUGAUAUUUUACAUGAAGAUAACCCAUGACCAGGCCUUAAUUUGGAAUCCAGAUUUUUAACUAUUGACCGUGGGACUUUUUUUACAAACUUUUCAAAAACUUGAACCUUGGUGAUAUCUUUUGAGUUAUGGGGGAUAGGGCAAGUCAAGUCAUACUUCCUGGCCAGCUAUGUUGUCUUCCGAGAGCUCUCAUUAAAUUAUGCUGUAGGUACAUCAGUGACUGAUCAUAUUUUUGUCCUCGAGAACAAAUGCUUUUGAAAGAAAUAUUCAGAUCUCCACAAAAUAACCAGCAAUAAUUUAUCAUCUGAAAUUGUGAGAAAUAUCUUGGAUGAAACAGAUGCCCAACAUGCGAUAUUGUGCGACAUUUUUUGGGAUCUCCAUUUUAAUAACUUACUUGUUACUGCAUAUUCUAGGAUUUGAAUGUAAACUGAUGUCAAUUACACCCUGUGCAAUAUUUGGUGAUUGAUUAUGUAACUACAUGUAUAUAAAGGUUGGUACCCAAAGUACUGCUUGUUACUGGAGAAAUAAAUUACAUUUAUUUAUUAA